GAGAGUUUACCGAACACGCCUGUACAACUUGUUGUCUUACAUUUUCUAGCCGUCACAUUCAACCACGCGCAUCAAGCGACUCCCAGCCUACACUGCCUGCACUGCCUCCUUAGCGCAUUUUUUUCCAUUGCACGAUUCACAGCAUUCUCUUCGCCUCGUUGCUCAUUCAAAUAUCAAUGUCCGUUCGCUCCUUCACAGUCUUCCAGGACACCCCAACCGAGAUUCAGAAGAUCAGUCAUGUUAGCGAUAAAAAUCUCGUGACAACAACAGCUGCGGAUGCUGCUGCCACAUUGCUAUCAACCCUUGCCGCUAUCGAGAAGGAGAACCUUCAUCCGCUUACAGGUGAACGCGCGGCCCAAACUACCACAAAUGCAUCCAAGAAGCGCAAGACAGCAGUUUUGGUAACAAAAGUGGUGGUUCCUCCGCCGUCUUCCAAGAAGCAGAAAGAACUCAAGUCGGACUCAAAGAAACUGCGUAAAUCUGCCAGUGGCAAUGUAAAUAGAAGCGAUGGGCGUAAAAAAAUUCCUAGAGGGUCACGCCCUGUACGCAAGGCUUCCCCUUUGCCAAGAGUGGAUGAAGAACAAGAGCUUUCAAGUGCAACUCCAAGUCAGCGAGAUCCCGCUCGUCUUAUUAUUUCCCAGGCCAAUAUAGAUUCCAAGUGUUACGAGCUUACUGUCUCACCAUUGGCAGACGUCUCUGAAGCGUAUGACACCGCUACGGAAACUUCGGAUCAAGAGUCUGUGUUUGACAAAAAACAGUCUGUUGAACCAGAACUUUGCCGUUAUUUCUCUCCCGCAAUAUCGCACGCCUCGUUACCAUCUGACCAAGCGGAUGCUACUCCUCUUGCUUCAAGGGCCGCUUCCGAUACCGAAUUAUCUACUCCAGAGCGCAGACAAAUCUGCUCGGCAUUUACCUUUUCAUCUCCGUCGCCUUCCUCGAAACGUUUUAAAGAAGCUUGGUCAUCCCCAAACAACAAGACAAACGCCUCCCGUUCAGAAUCAUAAUAUCUGACAUAUACCCCGUCGUGAGCCCUUUGAGCUACUACUAUAUUGACACCUGCACACGUACAAUUUACUAUCACAUCUUACCCCAAUCUCAUGUUCACAUUCAUCAUCAACCUUCUUGUCAAUAGCAUUUUUUCUUCCUAUUUAUACAUUCCAUCAUCGCCGACAUUAUUACCUUGGGUCACAUCGGGUCGCAUCUCGCUUGCUAUGCUUCGGUCUGGUUCACUCGCUUUGGUUUGCUCGUUGCUUUGUGCCCCCAGAGUAUCCGCAUUGUUGGACUCCUCAAGCAUUUAUGUAUUACGCAUCUCGCAUCAAUAUAUCUUCAAUUCAAGAGAUUGCCGAAGAGUCUCGAUACGUC